CAGACACACACAUGGCUCAAGCUGUUCUGGCUCAAGCUGCUCUGGCUGAGCCAUCCCCCCUUAUGCUCUUCUUCAUCAAUACACCCCACUCCGUUUUUCUUUGCCGCUUAUUACACAGUCUGCACCGCUCUAUGGGAAAUGAACGAUGUAAGCACGUGGCUCCUGCUGACAAUCGAGGCCGCGGAGCAGCGCGCCCAGGCUUCGGCUCCUCCCCAGUGCACCAGCGCCCUCGGCGAUCCCUGCACUGGAGGCGGACAGUUGGACGCCCCGUCGGGCGCCCCUGGAGCUGGCGGCGGGAGGCCCGAAGCGGUCUCCGACAAGGGAGCGAGAGCCGCUUCCCAUCCUCUCGCGCCCACCAGGACGCUGGGCGCCGCCGAGGAGCAGGAGCCCGAGCUGGCGGGGCUCGUCGGCGCCCGCAGCUCCUGUGGAGGACAUUCUGGCCGUUGCCGGGGCGCCGCCCGCAGUGGCCAUCACGGUGCUUCCGCGCUGGCAGCGUUCGGGCGCUUCGCGGAAGGAGCCCCUGGCGGACCCGCGCAUCGUGCGCACUCCGCCGCGGCGGUGGUUGGCGCCCCCGAGCGCCCUGGUCGCCAGGCCCUGCCCAGAGGAGGCGCUCCAGCACGCCCCCGUCGCCAAGCCCUCUCCGGGACGUACGCGGGCUACGAGCGGCGCGGCGACGGGCUGCCGCGGAGAGCAGAAGCCCUAGCGGUCCCAGUCCAUUUUCGGCUCGACGGGGAUGAGAAGGACAGUGAUGAGGACUGCCCGUCUGUUGCCGAAAUGCCGGACGUGCUGACAGCCUGGUGGCACGACUUCCUGCGCGGCUCUCUCAGGGUCGCUGGCUCGGUGUCCCAACGGCGCAUGGCGGUCGAGCGCAGCGCCUCUGCGGCGCCCGGGUUCACUCCCGAGCUCCGCGGGUGUUCGAUUUCAGCCCCAGGGGGGAUCAUCAUCUCGGACUCGGACCUGGAGUGCCACGUCAGGCCCGGGCCUCGGAGCUCGGACUCCAACUGUGACUCCCAGGCCAGCGACCUCGCCCGCUUCGGCGCGAUGCAGAGCACGCCGCAGGCCGACGCCAUUCAGCACGAGGAGCCGUGGAGCUCACUACGGGGUCACCCCCGUGAGCACGACGUGCCGCUGGGCGAUUCCCUGCUGUCUUCCGCACCGACCUUCGCCCCCGGGACCAGUAUGCAGGGGAAUGUUCGCCAGGCUCAGGGCGCUGCGCUGCCAGACGUCUUCAACUCUACCCAGAACGGCACGCGGGGGAACACGGCGAAGGGCAUCACCAUCCAGAGCCAAUGGACGUCGUCACCACGAGCGAAGCGACGCCAGGCCCACCUCCGCCAGAUCGAAGGGCCGGCGACCGCACAACGUCCAUCGUGAGCUUUAGUGCGGCGUCGGCAGGGCUAGAGGCGCCGUCCAUGUCACAAUCUCUGCGCAGCCUGGAGUACAUCACGGUGCUGGCUGAGGUCAGGGCGCGGCACGAGGAAGGCGCGGCGACAACCGACAUCACCCGGCGCUUGCAGCAUGCGGCGGAACGCCUCCAGCGUCGGGGCGUCGCGCGUCGGAGCCGCCUCCUGGUGCGACGCGGCGCUGCCCAUGCGGCGGCGCGGUGCCCAUGCGGCAGGGGGGCCUGGCCUAGCCCCCCGAACUCCCGGAGCGCCCGCCGCUGCUGCCUCCUUCGUCUUCGUCCCCGCCGCAGCCGCGGUGGCGCCGUCUUCGUCACCAGGCGGAGCCGGCGUGCUCGUCGAGCUAGGUGCGCACUACACAUUCACAAGGCAUUCGCAAGAGACUCGUUCUCUUUGACUCCACCGCGGUGUGGUCGCGUCUUAUCUCUGAGGCCUUCUCGCUGAGGCUCAUAAUGCAGGCCGUCCCUUGUCGCUGAGGCUCGUGAUAUUUGCUGCCGUGAGAAUUUCCGCGCCGUUUUCGGGCGCGAGCUUGUUCAGUUCUGUUAGCAAGCAGCCGUGGAUGAGACAGUCCUGUCUUUCUGUUUUCCAGCGCGGCCGGCGCCGUUACGACAGCUUCUGCGUUUUUGUUCCCCCAGACGCUGCGUUACAAGGUGAUUUGCGUUUUCUCCCGAUGUUGUCUGCUCUUCCUCCCUUCUUCUUUCCUUUCCUCCUUCGGCUUAGGUUCUAUACUUCUAGUACCCGCGGCAUCCCGUCCCCACACAGCAUUUUGCCCGACCUGGGGGGCGCCAUUCAGGGUCGAUGCACGCGUUGCGGCGUGCGCCUGGUUUGGCGACCACUGUGCAUGUCUUGUUUCGACUAUUCCCAUCACGCUGCCGCUGCAUUGUCUCGCACUGUGGUUGGCGCGUUGUGGGAGGGUUCGUGGCACCGCUAUCACCCUCCUCCUC